CCCACCUCAACUCGACUUUCCCCUUUCCAAGCACUGAACGCAACCCGCCGUCCCUCCUCUGCGGGCGCUGGAGCACCGCCACCACCGCCGCUUGCCCCCUCGCACCACCGGCCUUAGAAUUCGAAGGUAUCCGGUGGUUGGGGUCUGGAAUCGGAGAAGGACAGAGGCACGGGGACGCCGGCCGCGGAGGAUUAGGUUUUAAGGGGAGUAGAACAGCGAAGAGGAAUAGGGCUUGAAAUCUUCCCCCUUCUUCCAUAAUAUUUAACCCCUGUUUGCUUUCCUUUCUACUGAUUGGAUCAGAGGAGGAGGAGGAGAAAAGUGCACACGGAUGGCGGGCGCUUUCCGGCGAUCCCUUGGGUCUCUUCAACUCAUAAUCAAAUCUAAUAUUGGAGAGCAUUCUUGGCAUUGGAGUGCAAGGACAGAGCUUGGAGCAGGACAUUGCUGCAGAAGUUAUGCCAGCAGCGCUUUUGGUUUUCAAUCUAGGUAUUCUGAUGAUAGCAGAAUUGUGGAAGAUCAAGUAUUUGAGCAACGUGGUCUGAAAGCAAAGUUUCCGUCAGAGCAUGAUAAUAAUACGAUCGAUCAGAAUCAGAGGAGUGACAUAGAGCCAAUACCCGGACAACGAAUUGGGAAGAAUAUUUCAUCAAAAGAGAAAACAAAGUUCCUCGUUAACACACUUCUUGACCUCAAAAAUUCCAAAGAAGCUGUUUAUGGUACUCUUGAUGCUUGGGUUGCAUGGGAGCAAAACUUCCCUUUAGGCAUGCUGAAGAGGGCACUUCUUGUUCUUGAAAAGCAAGAGCAAUGGCAUCGAGUUGUUCAGGUUGUAAAAUGGAUCCUAAGCAAAGGGCAAGGAACAACAAUGGGAACAUAUGAGCAAUUAAUACGUGCAUUAGAAAAAGACAAUAGGGCAGAGGAGGCUCACAAAAUUUGGGUGAAGAAGAUCAGUCAUGAUCUGCAUUCAGUGCCUUGGCGGUUCUGUGAUCUUAUGCUCUCUAUUUAUUAUCGGAAUAACAUGCUAGAGAGGCUUGUAAAGCUUUUUAAGGGACUGGAAGAAUUUGACCGUAAACCUCCGGAAAAAUCAAUUGUCCGGAAGGUAGCAGAUGCAUAUGAAUUACUUGGCUUGUUAGAAGAAAAGAAUAAAUUACUGGAAAAAUAUAGCCGUUUAUUCAACAAGUCAUCCGAAGAAUGCUCCAGGAAAUCUCGAAAGGCUAAAAAGGCUUCAUGGAAGAAUGAUAAGGAAGCAGGUGUGAAAACAAAUGAGAGUAUAGAAUCUUCAGAUAAAUAGGCCAGUGAGUCUGGACCUGCGGACAAUGACAAUGCAGCUGUUUAGAGUGGAGACAAUUGUAAAGUGUCAAGCAACUAACAAGGUCAAAAAAGAAUCUGGACAUGUCACUCCUUGAUGUGCAUCCGUUGCCCUUUUUCUGAAAAAAUGCUGAAGUUCUUGAUCAUGUGGCCUUCCUUUUUAUCUCAUUUGCUAUUUAAUGAUUGGUCUGUGUGCACUGCUCAUUCGGAGGUGAAAAGCAGGUGCCGGAUUGGUUUUCAAGCUGUGCACUUAUUCGUCCUUCAGUUUAAACACAAGCACUGGCUGCAUGAUGUAGCAAUGGUAUAACUUUUAAUAUAGACAGCUGCUAUGCUAGUUCACCCGACAUGGAUCAUCAUCUACCUGAUGAGAAAUAUUGAAACUUCUGCAGCAUCGCAUCCCCUUGACUCAAGAAUGACAUUUUUUUUUUUUUGGAUAAGAAUACAAGAAGGACAUGCUAGCAAGGUGUAGGUGAUUACUGGUCAGACCAGAAGUUGUACUACUUUCAUUUAGGCACAAAAAUAUCAGCUCUGUUCACAGUAAUAGCCAAAAUGGCCUUUUAGAAACAAUUUUGCAUUGCAUGAUUAUGAUGUGAAAUUUUUGUUAUACAUGGUUAAGAGAAAGCUGAUCCUUAUAUUUAUCGUCUGAGCAAGUAUGGUGAAGAUGUUUCCUUAGCAGUGAAAAUUUAAAUUCUUGUAAACAGCACGUCACUAGUUUAACUUGGGUACAACAACCCUUGGAAGUGCUGCUAAUCAUAAAAUUAUCGUUAUUUGU